CUCUAACUCUUUAUACUUACUCCAGUAGCGAUUACUCAUUUCGCAUUAAAUUUGUCAAAACGACACGAUCCCCAAAAUUUUUUUUUACUUGCCUAUAUAAAAUUGGUACAUCUCGAAGUCAAAGCAUAGUUAAAUACGAAUUUAACCAUUCAAUUAUGGAAGAACAAGUUGCUAAAUUGUCUGUUAAGGACAACAAGAAGGAAAAGGCUCCAAAGGCCCCAUUGUUUUUGGACCCUCAACCAGAAUUCAUUGAAGAACGUAUAAGACUUUUUGAUGAAUUAAAGGCCAAGUAUGACGAAGAUAUUCAAAAACGUGAACAUAAACCAAUUAAAAUUACUUUAAAAGAUGGUACUGUUAAAGAAGGGAUUGCAUAUGAAACUUCUCCAGCUGAUAUAGCUUCUUCUAUUGGUAAAUCAUUUUUUGAAAGACAAGUCAUUUCAAGAAUCAAUGGUAAACAAUUAUGGGAUUUACCAAGACCUUUAGAAGAAGAUGUUAAUUUAGAAUUUUUAGAUUUUGAACAUCCAGAAGGUAAAGCUGUAUUCUGGCAUUCUUCUGCCCAUAUUUUGGGUGAAGCUUGUGAAUGUCACUUUGGAUCUCAUUUAUCUCAUGGUCCACCAACUGAUGAUGGAUUCUUUUAUGAUAUGUCUAUCAAUGAUGGUGAAACUGCUGUUACUCAAGGUGACUUUAGUAAUCUUGAACAAGUUGCUACUAAAGCUAUUAAAGAAAAACAAAGAUUCGAAAGAUUAGAAAUGACUAAAGAAGAUUUAUUAAAGAUGUUCCACUAUAAUAAAUAUAAGGUCAAAUUUAUUAGUGAUAAAAUCCCAGAUGGUACUUCAACUACUGUUUAUAGAUGUGGUCCAUUAAUUGAUUUAUGUGUUGGUCCUCAUAUUCCUCAUUCUGGCAGAAUUAAAGCUUUUAAAGUUUUAAAGAAUUCUGCUUCAUAUUUCUUAGGUGAUUCUACUAAUGAUUCAUUACAAAGAGUUUAUGGUAUUUCUUUCCCAGAUAAGAAAUUAAUGACUGAACAUUUAAAUUUCUUAAAGGAAGCUGCUGAAAGAGAUCAUAGAAAAAUUGGUAAAGAACAAGAAUUAUUUUUCUUUAAUGAAAUGUCUCCAGGUUCUGCCUUUUGGACUCCUCAUGGUACUAGAAUUUAUAAUGCUUUAGUUGAAUUUAUUAGAGCUGAAUAUAAAUUAAGAGGUUAUGAUGAAGUUAUUACUCCAAAUAUGUUUAAUUCUAAAUUAUGGGAAACUUCAGGUCAUUGGCAAAAUUAUAAGGAAAAUAUGUUUUCAUUUGAAGUUGAAAAGGAAACUUUUGGUUUAAAACCAAUGAAUUGUCCUGGUCAUUGUAUCUUAUUUAAAUCAAGAGAAAGAUCUUAUCGUGAAUUACCUUGGCGUGUUGCUGAUUUUGGUGUUUUACAUAGAAAUGAAUUUUCUGGAGCUUUAUCUGGUUUAACUAGAGUUAGACGUUUCCAACAAGAUGAUGCUCAUAUUUUCUGUACUGUUGAUCAAAUUAAUACUGAAUUUGCUGGUGUAUUUGAUUUCUUAAGAAGAGUUUAUGGUGUAUUCGGUUUUGAAUUUAGAAUGGAAUUAUCUACUAGACCAGAUAAAUUUGUUGGUGAUAUCGCCACUUGGGAUUUAGCUGAAGCUAAAUUAGAAAAGGCUUUAGAUGAUUUCCAAGGUAAAGGUAACUGGGAAUUAAAUCCAGCUGAUGGUGCAUUUUAUGGUCCAAAGAUUGAUAUUAUGAUUAGAGAUGCUAUGAAGAGAGAAUUCCAAUGUGCUACUAUUCAAUUAGAUUUCCAAUUACCAGCUAGAUUUGAAUUAGAAUAUAAGGCUGAAACUAAUGAUAAAGGUCUGUCUACUUCCAGACCAGUUAUGAUUCAUAGAGCUAUUUUAGGUUCAGUCGAAAGAAUGACUGGUAUUUUAAUUGAACAUUUCAAGGGUAAAUGGCCAUUCUGGUUAUCACCAAGACAAAUUUUGAUUGUUCCUGUUGGACCUAAAUAUUAUGAUUAUGGUAAGAAACUUCAAAAGAAAUUAAAUGAUGAAUAUCAAUUUUAUGUUGAUGUUGAUGUCAGUGGUAAUACUUUACCAAAGAAGAUUAGAACUGGUCAAGUGUAUAAAUAUAAUUUUAUUUUCAUUGUUGGUGAAGAUGAAGAACAAAGUGAAAGUGUUAAUGUUAGAAAUAGAGAUAUUCCAGAAGAACAAGGUAAGAAUGCCAUGAUUAAAGUUGAUGAAGUUAUUAAACAAUUAGUCAACUUGAGAGAAGAAAAGAGAAAUGAUAACAAACUUGUCUAGUCUUAGUCUUAAUGACUGUUGUAGAUGUCAAUAGACGAAUUAUAUAUAUAAUACACACCAAACAUGUACAAAGUAAAGGAU